AUGCGAAUAGGCUACGACAGUGGCUACAGUGCCAAUAGGGUUGCCCCUCACAGUGGGGCUACAGUGCACAGGGCCACGCCCUGGGGAUAUGGCAGCUCCGAUAGGCCAUGCCCACUGGGGGAUAUAGCCCGAUACAGGGCCACGCCCACUGAGGUGAGGCCCCCUCAGGUGAGGGGCCGGGCCGGGCCCGCCCGCGGGGUUUCCCGAGGGGGCGCUGCAGGGGCUGCAGGGGCUGCAGUGCCACUUCCGGAGCGACGCCACCGGCGGCCAGGUGACAUUCCCCCCCAUGCCCAGGUGACGUACCGCGUGGUGCAGGUGACCCUGCCCCUCCCCCAGGUGAUGUACCGCGUGGUGCAGGUGAUGUACCACGUGGUGCAGGUGACCCUGCCCCUCCCCCAGGUGACGUACCGCGUGGUGCAGGUGUGUUUGGGGUACCCAGGUGACCCUGCCCCUCCCCAGGUGAUGUACCGCGUGGUGCAGGUGACGUACCGCGUGGUGCAGGUGGGGUUUGGGGUACCCAGGUGUGCCCAGAUGUGUUUUAGGGGUGCCCAGGUGUGUUUGGUGCCCCAGGUGACCUACCCUUCCCCAGCGAGGCCGCCCCUCCCCCACUAUCGCGACAGCCCCCCAAUAUCGCGACAGAGCCUCCCCUCCCCCAUGGACAUGUUGGACCCCGGGCUGGACUCGGCCGCUGGCUCCGCCCCCAGCCAGGAGAAGGCGCAGGAGGCGCAGGAGGGAGCGGAGGGUGAGGCCCCCUCAGUGCCACUUCCGGAGCGACGCCAACGGCGGCCAGGUGACCCUGCCCCUCCCCCAGGUGACGUACCGCGUGGUGCAGGUGACCGAGGCUCCCCUCGAUGGCCCCGGGGCGGCGCCGUCAGCGUCGUCUCCACCUUCGGCCCCGGCGCCCCCCAGGUGCUGCAGAGCCCCUUCAGCAACGGCGCCGGGGGCGGGGCCAGCCCGGGCAGCGAGGGCGGGGCCGAGAGGCUGCCCUGGGGGGGGGAGGGGGCGCUGCUGCAGGCGGAGACCACCCUGGCACCGGCCACAGGGCAGUUCUAUGUGAUGAUGACCCCUCCGGACGUGCUGCAGGCGGGGGGGGGAGGGGCCCCGCGAGGCCUCGCCCCCCACGGCCACGCCCACGGCCACGGCCACGCCUACUCACCGAAGCUGGAGGGGCCGCGGGUGCCGCGGGACGAGCGACGGCGAGCGCAGCACAACGAGGUGGAGCGGCGGCGCCGGGACAAGAUCAACAACUGGAUCGUGCAGCUCUCCAAGAUCAUCCCCGACUGCGGCGCCGACAGCGGCAAAUCCGGGGCGAGCAAGGGCGGGAUCCUGUCCAAGGCCUGCGAUUACGUGCGGGAGCUGCGCCAGAGCAACCAGCGCCUGCAGGAAACCUUCAAAGAGGCCGAGCGCCUGCAGAUGGACAACGACCUAUUGCGACAGCAGCUGGAGGAGCUGAGGAGCGAGAACGCCGCGCUCCGGGCGCAGCUGCAGCCGCGCGGCCCCGACGCGACCCCCGAGCGGACCCCGCCGUGACCCCGCCCCCUCCCCGUUUGUAAUUAGCGCGAUUGUAAUUAAUUCAUUCAUCAACUCCGGCGUCCCUUGCGCGGCUCCGGGCUUCGGCAGCGACCGCGCGGAGCGGGGGGAAAAAAAAGGGAAAAAUGGGGGAAAAAAAGGAGGA